ACGACGAGCGAUGCUUUCAGCUUUCAUAACAAUCAGCUGUUUCCGGAACGAUUGGUCACUCUGUGCCUAAAAACAUAAACAAACUACAGUUUUCUUAUUAUUUAUUUGAUUGAAAAUAAUUAAUUUAAGAUUCCGGUCUGCAAUGCAGACCACCGGAAGUAGUGGAAUACUGGCCCUAAGACAGUUUGUCUUGUUGGCGCGACGCCACUGCUCGGCCUCUGCUCAAACCACCUUCGGUGGCUCCCAAACAAAUGCCGACCAACCGCCGCCGCCACCGAGAUCCGGCGAAGGUAAGAUGCGUGGAUGGCAACUGCACAACUAUGGGGGCAUUGACGAGCUACAGCUCUCGGACAUGCUGAAGAUACCCCAGAUACGCAGUUCCAACGAGUGCCUCGUUCGGAUUCGGACCACUGCGGUUAAUCCCAUCGACCUGGCUAUGCUCCGGGGAUACGGCGCCGCGGUCCUAAACAAGAUGCGCUGUCGGCCGGGCGAUGGCAUCGAGUUCCCGCUUACCCUGGGUCGUGAGUUCUGUGGCGAGUUGGUCCAGAAGGGCAUGGGUGUUCCAAUGACACACGCCCUGGGAACUCGGGUCUGGGGAGUAGUUCCAGUGCAGGCGAGUGCCGGAGCUCAUGCGGAAUACGUUGCUGUGCCUUCUUACUGUCUUGCCCCUGCCCCCAAAGAGCUGGAUGACAGCGAGGCAGCUAGCGUUCUGUAUGCUGGAUUGACUGCCUGGUCGGGUCUCUACAUCACCGGUGGCCUGGGCGGACCCUGCGGCGCCGUCACAGCUGACGGAGGUGGUGCCCACAAGCGUGUCUUGGUUCUUGGUGGUUCCGGAGGCGUUGGAUCUCUGGCCAUACAAAUGCUGAAGUCACAAAAAGUACAAGUACUCGCCACCUGCAGCGAGAAUGCUACUGAAAUGGUGCGCAAUCUGGGUGCCGAUUUGGUGGUGGACUACAACAACAGCGAAGCCAUGGAGGAGCUGUCCAAAUAUGCACCCUACGACAUUGUCCUAGACUGUUCCGGCCAAGGAGGCGAUAAGGCGGCGGAAUCGAAAUUUGAUUUCCGGCAAUACAUCACCUUCUCAUCGCCCCUGCUGGCCAAUAUCGAUAAGCAGGGAUUAGGCCUGGGAGCAUUGAAGAAUGUCUUUGACUUGGUGCAGACCAAUGUAAGGUCCGUAUCGCAGCGCGGCGGAUUGGUCAAGUGGGGAUUCUUCAGUCCUGCUCCGCAAGGCAUACAAUUCCUUCAGAAACUAGUGGAGCAGAGGAAGUUGAUGCCACAGAUUGAUAGCAGCUUCGGCUUUGGGGAUCUACCGCAAGCCUUCGAGAAGAUGAAAGGCGGACACUUGCGAGGCAAGAUUGUGGUGACGGUUUAAGAGGUGGAGGAAAUAGGCUGAUAUUCAACUUUGUAUUGGUGUUAUAUUAAACGCCCGUCGUUUCCUAAUAUGUAA